CCACUCGCGAGAACCUCGUCCGCCUGCCCAGCAUCGCGUGUAUCCCGUACGUAUACUUGAACCGCAGCCCCUGUAUUUUAGAAUAUUUUUGAAUAAGAGCCCGCUGGGAGCUCGUCCACCGCUGUGUCCUCCACCGCCACAGCUCAGUCGCCCCGCCAUUGUUCUUUGGGCGUUCCCGUCUCGUGUUUCGUGUUCUGUGGUUAUGGACAACCUUCUGAGCCAGCCAUAUAUGCCGGGCCCAGGAGCUCCAGCUCCUGCCCCAGGCCAGGCUCACCCUCUUCCCCAUCCACAACACCAGCAUCAGCAGCAGCAGCAGCAGCAGCAGCAGCAGCAUCCGCAGCACCAGCAUCCACAGCCCCAUUCGCAUACCCUCUCCCAAAUCCAGAUCCAGCCUCAGCUACAGCCUCCAUCUCAGGCACAGGCACCAAUAACUCUUCCUCCUGUAUGGCAGCCGCAUCCGGAGCCUGAGCAUACCUCUCUCACCCUCGAUGGCUUUGAAUAUGUCCUUGAGGUCGUGCAGCAACCUAUACGCGCGCGUAUGUGCGGGUUCGGCGACAAGGAUCGCCGUCCCAUCACUCCUCCACCCUGUGUUCGUCUCAUUGUUAGAGAUGCCACCACAAAACAAGAAGUAGAAGCAGAUGAAAUUGAUACAACGUUCUUUGUUCUUACCGUUGAUCUUUGGAAUGCAGAGGGUGAUCGUGAAGUCAAUCUUGUUAGACAUUCUGCGACCUCACCUUCCAUCUCAACUGCAACAUCGUCUUCUUUCCCACCACCAGCCCAGAACAUGGCCCCAACGGGCCAGGCCUAUUCCUCCUAUCAACACCAAAGCAUGUAUAACCAGCCACCACCGACCACUUACUCCUACUACCCAACCCAGAGCUAUGCAGCGCAGGCAGGGAUGCCAUAUCCUGCUCCUCAGUCUGGUCCUGCCCAGAGUUACUAUCCUCAUGUCAAUCAAGGAUACUACACAUCUCAAUCACAGCAGCCGGUUGUACACCAUUUACCUCCUGCACCUGUCGGCAUGUUUACUCGCAAUUUAAUUGGAAGCCUGAGCGCGAGCGCUUUCAAACUUUCUGAUCCAGCCGGAAAGCUUGGAAUAUGGUUCAUCCUGCAGGACCUCAGUGUUCGUACUGAGGGAAUGUUCCGAUUGAAAAUGAACUUUGUCAACGUGGGAACUCCCCAACAAGCUCUCAGUCGCUCUGGAAAUACUUCAAGCAGUACCCCAGUCCUUAACCACGGCUCAGCUCCAGUUCUUGCGUCUGUCUAUUCAGAUGUUCUGCAAGUCUUCUCGGCAAAGAAGUUUCCCGGUGUCAUUGAGAGCACACCGUUGAGCAAAUGUUUUGCUAUUCAGGGAAUAAAAAUUCCGAUCCGCAAGGAUGGUGUUAAAGGUGGUAGAGGAGGCGGUGCUGCCAUGAUGCUAAAAGGUGAUGAUGGCGAUGGUGACGAACAAUAUGACGAGUAGAAAGUUAUGGGUUCUCAUCUGUUUGCGACUUUGCGUGCAUCAGCCACGUCUUUAUAAAAAGCAGGAGUGACGGUGCAGUACCUCCGUAUAUCCCCACAUGACGUUUCCAGUGGUUUUUUAAAUACUCGUUCGAUCGGUCGUUAUUUGUUAAUUACUGGGGGUUACGGUUUAUCUCUCAAGUACUUUAAUCUCGGGUUUGGUGCGUAAUGUUGUAUUAUAACUUGUGUAUAUAACCUUCACCAUCAGCUCUAGUUCGUAACACCGCAAUACAAUUAGAAUUGCGCGAAUGCCUACCUUUGAGUAGCUAUCUGGAAGCCAGCUUAUUACGAUAUGCUAGGAGAUCAUACCAGGAAUCGAGAAAUGAGUACUAAAUGCAUGUACGCACAAAAAUGCAUUUUGCUUAGUAUUCGCAGAGCGGUGAAAGUAAUGGCCAGGCGCAGCUUGGAUAGAGAACAGUAUCUUUCAAGCCACACAUUUGCAGGAUCAACGUAAUUAUUACAAGGUAGGUAUAUACAUGCAUCUAUACAUACAUGUGAAGAAAGGAGAUGAAUUACAUUAAUAUGUAGGUGCAUUCUAAAUAUCACUGUCGUUUGAAGUGGGUAUCUUGCCUUAUAAAACACGAAAAAAAAGGGGCUGGUGCAGGGCAUAAACGUAACAAACUCCCAGUGAGUAAAUAUAUGGAAAAAAAAAAAAAAAAAAAGAUGCGGGUCAGUAAAGAACCCAGUGUUUCCCCAGUGAUAAGAAUCGAACCAAGGAUGCCAGGAAGUGAGAGAAUCACCUAUCGAUUAACAAAGAAAUAAAGGUGAAAGAAACUGGUUGAGUCCUGGUGAUGAGUCGUUAUCCCUUCCCCUGCUCAGAAGGCCUGCUCCCAAAAAGAGAGAGAGGUAGAGAGAUAGAAAAAAUAAAUUCGAAACGUAUGGCCACAAAAAAGCAUUUGCUGCAAGACGUAUGAAAUCAUUUCCACUCGCCUCCCCAUGGUUGACCCGGUUGGGGAGAGGGACCCCUGGCAAUCACAGCUUGAUCAAUAGAAGUCGAGGAGGAAGGUGGUCCAUUAUUGUCUAAUCCAGCAGGCUCAUGGGUAAUUUCAAUCGUGGUCUGUUGGUACACUUUACCAAAACCACCCUUCUCAAGCUGGUCAAUGAUGUCGUCUGUUGAUUGAUCGGCAAAAAAGGCUGGACCCUUCCCAUUGUUCUUGUUCAACUUCUUGAGCUCGUAUCCCUUGGGUUUCCGAGAAUCCGGGACGGUAGACGUUAUCUGGCUAUGACGGCCAUUCGAGCCGGAGCCUCCCUUUUCAGACGGCCGAGAUAACUCAGAGUCAAGUAGCAGUGCUUUGCGAGUCAAUGUAUACAUGAUAACGUCGACGGUGCCAGAACUAGCGAUAAUAGCAGCAGCAGCACAAAGGUAGGUGAGCGAGGGAUUAUUUCCUUGCAUGCUUGCCAUUCGGGCUGCGGCAAUGGGGAGGGAGAGGAGAAGAUAUGCGAGGGGGUAGAGAACCAUAUAGCCUGUGACCCGACUGAGUCUGCCAAAAUUCUCCCUCUGCCCACGGGCUAGCGCAGCCGACGCUUUCAUUUUUCGCCGAAGAUAGAAGAACAGGAUGGCGUAAAGCAUGAUAGAGCCAAAUUCCGAGAAUAAGACCCAGAGGUAAUGGGCCCAAAAUCGUUCGGCUUCGAAGUCGUCAUCAAUCCAACACUAUGAAAUUCUGUUAGCAUCAUAACCGUGAUAACAAGCAAGAAGAAUUGUCGUAGACGAGUGAAGCAGGGUAGGAAAGGGUUCAUACCCAUGCUCCAGAUGGAACGUAUGUGCGCCUUCCAUGUCUGAUAGUUGGGAUCAAGACAAGGAGAAGACAGAAGCACCAAAGCCCAAUGAUACAGCUUACAGUCAGCCUGUAUGAUAGUUUUCUCCCAGCAACGACUGUUGCAAAUGUAUGGACUGCGAUUGCGACGACGAAUAAUCCACUUGACGGGUCACCUAACUGCAGCAGCCAUCCUUGGAUGAAGCAAAAAGGGGAGCUAGCAAACAGACCAUCACUCUGUAUCCAAUGGGCUGAAAUGAGAAACCCAAGGGCAACAUGGAGAUCCGCCAGCAGCAGGUUGUAGAUGAGAACAACAAACUGAUUAUGCCCAAGAUAGGACCCGUCAUGUUUAUGCCAGAAUAGAAGCCGAUGUGUGAGGAGGCCCAAUAACCCUAGAACCGCAACGACAGCGACUAAUGAUGCCACCACCACCAUGAUGGUUCCCUUCCGGAAGU